AUGGCCUCGGCCAAAGAUCUGUUAGGUGGAGAUCAAGAUCUACUGGCAGAGUUCGGCUCAGAGCAGAACCGCAACAACAAGAAUACCUGGAGGAGUUGGGAUCCAGGACCCAAGCAAAAAAAGGCCACAGACGAUGGGCCCGUCUUCAGUCCCAAGGCGGAGCCGGCGGAGCGUGGCGGAGCCAUGGGAGAGUCGAUGGCGGAGCUGGAAGGUCUUUGCGAUACCCUGGGCGUGGAGGUCAAGGAAAAAGUCUUGCAGCAGUGGCGUCCCUACAGCGGACGGCUGCCCAUCGGUACUGGGAAGGCGGAAGAGAUGCGGCAGCAGGUCAAGUACGAUCCCGAAGUCGGCGUGGUGGUUUUUGACCAGGACAUGUCUUACCGGAUGCUCAUGACCCUCAAGGGUCGUAUUGCGUCGCUUGGUCGGUGUGAUCUUGGACAGGACCUCGCUGAUUCUGAGGACAGUCGAGCCUCGAGCAAUCUCGAGUCGGGCAGGUUGAUUUUCGCGCAGCGAGCGCGAACCAAAGAAGCCAAGCUCCAAGUGAAGCUUCUUGGCACCGUUCCGGCCUUCAGCGUGGGAACGGCCUUGUUUCGACUGUAA